CUUGAGGCUCUUCUUUUUCAUGCCACCCUGCCCCUCCCUGUCUCUCUCUCCCACCUCUGUCAUGUUGGAGAAGAAGGGGGAAAGUCAUUCUGAACAAAUGGGGAGGAGAGAGCCAGUGGUUGCUAUAGCCAUGAAAGUCAGCGCCGCUGAGAAACAGAUUAACGAAUCCAGAGGGACAGAGGUGAAGUGUUAAUGGAGCAUCAUGACAUUAGCUUAAAGACGUGAGGAGCCGGUGUUGCUUGAGAGGCUCAGAGGAAGAUGGGCAAUGUAAUCCGAAGUGUGGUCGCCUUUAUUCCCUCGGAGCGCUGUCAUCGCUUCUUAGUGGGGGACCUGACGGAAAUGCCGCUGGACCGAACGCUGGACCUGAGCACCCGUCAGCUGCGCCGCCUGCCUGUUGCCGCCUGUGCCUUCGACGAGCUGGUGAAGCUUUACCUGAGCGACAACAACCUCAGCAGCCUGCCGGCUGAACUGCAGGGCCUGAGGAAGCUGCAGCUGCUGGCGCUUGACUUUAACUGCUUUGAGGAGCUGCCUGCAGCUGUUUGCAAGCUGCCCCAGCUCAACAUCCUCUACCUGGGUAACAACAGGUUGUAUCAUCUUCCCAGAGAACUAAGAGAGCUCAGGGAACUUAAUACCUUGUGGCUUGAGACAAACUGCUUUACUGAAUUCCCAGAGGUCAUUUGUGAGCUCCCAAAUCUGAAGACCCUCCACCUCGGUUACAACCAGAUAUGUAGUUUGCCCGAAGAACUAAAGUAUCUGGAAGAACUUCGAAGUAUCUGGCUUGCUGGGAACUUGCUGACAAAGUUCCCCCCAGUGUUGUUGGAAAUGGACUUCCUGGCCGUCAUUGAUGUGGAUCGAAACAGAAUACGUCAGUUUCCGGGCCUUUCUCAUCUGCAGGGAUUGAAACUGGUCAUCUAUGACCACAACCCCUGUAUCAACGCGCCAGUGGUAGGGGAAGGAGUCAGGAGAGUCGGGCGCUGGGCGGACAACUCGGACGACGAGCAGGAAGAAGAUGGGACGAAAGCCGCGAGUGAGAUCACGGCCGAGGUGGUGGAGGUUCACUCUGAAGAGUAACAGGAUUUUAAGGUGACAGAGCAAAGUGACCCUGAGCUGUGGCCAGCCCAGGCUGCCGGGGCUCCCACUUGACUGGAGUCCUGGAGCACUUGAAGCAGACUGCUGAUAUUUUCUCCAAAUAUGGUAAAGCCAAUCACUCUGACACGGCCCAACAAAAUAUCAACAGUCCAAAAACUGCAUCUUGCACGAGAGGAGCAUUCUGAAUGCCAGUAUGUUGCUUUAUUUUGGACACCUUAUAUGUCUUGAAACGAUUAACUGCAAAAACAGUGAGAGUAAACUGUUGAUUACUUUCACAAACAUCAAAAGAUGUCAUCUAGGUUUUUUUCUUUGGUAUUCUGUCUCAUGGUUAAGACAGAUUUCUUGCAGUAUUAUUCGCAGAAUUCCAAGUAUUAUGAUGUCUGUACAGCGGGGACUGUGUAUUUUCACUUUCUGUAUUUCCUAGACAGAAAGACACAGUUUCAUGAAAAUGACCAUGCAGUUAUUACUGUGCCAUCACCGUGUCAGUAGGAAACAUGUUGACAACAUUUUAACUCAUCAUUUGAUAAUUGUAAGAAUUUAGUGCAGGGAAUAAGAGAAUAAAGAAAUCCAAUUAUUGUGUCAAUAGAGUCUGAAAUAGGAUCUGCACAUGAUGUGGCUAAAAACAGUUUUUAAUACAAGUGAUGGAUGG